AUAUUUCAGUCUUUCUGUGAGACCCACACCUCUCUCCCACACACACACGCAGACACACAUUGAGUUUUCAAUGUUUCGAAAAUCUGCUUUUGAUCUGCCAGCAAAAAUUACAGCUCUUUGCAUCUAAAUCAAGGCCAUAAGAAAUGGAGGCUUACAGCAGAAUGGAUAUAUGUAAUCACUUUGGAGCAGACUUGGCUUGACUAAUGUCUUAUUCGUAAGCUUAUUAGCUGUAUUCUGCAGUUUCAUUUAAUACAGGGCGUUGAUGGAGGGAUUCCUUGGAGGUGUUUGGGAAGGGCACUAUGUUUCCCUGUGUCUCCUCCUGGUCCUCUACUGAUCCUCCUGCCGCUCUCGGCCAUGCUCCGCCCCUUCCCUCGGUACAGCCGCCCAAUCAGCCACUGCCCGACCUGCUGCGGAGCUGCGCCACAAUCCCUCCUCCAGCCGCACAUCUGAGCCCCUGCAACUUCGAGAUGGAAUCCAUGAUCGUGGUGACUGAAUACGAGCCCAGCGUUGGCUCCGGGCAUGAGGGUGGAGAGGAGGAGGAGUUGGAGGACAUGGACAGCUCGGAAACACCGGAACCGACGUCGUCACAUCCGGUUCCCUUCCGCGUGGUCUCUUGUGAUCUUUUAUCCCACACGAUGGGCCGCCCAGAAGCACUUUUCCCAGAACCGCAGGAGCACAGAGGAAGACUCAGCCUUUCUGAUAGGAAGCUCUCGCUGCAGGAGCGCUCGCAGACGCCUUUGUCACCCUGCGGUUCGCCGGGGUUGAACGGACGGUAUAUCUACCCGUCUCUGCCCUACUCGCCGAUCACCUCCCCUCACUCUUCUCCGCGCCUCCCUCGAAGACCGACCGUGGAGUCUCACCGUGUCUCCAUCACAGACUUGACGGAUUGUGUGCAGCUCAACCAGUACAAGCUGAAAGAUGAGAUCGGGAAGGGCUCCUAUGGUGUGGUCAAGCUGGCGUACAAUGAAGAUGACAAUACGUACUAUGCCAUGAAAGUGCUGUCCAAGAAACGGCUGAUGAGACAGGCCGGGUUCCCGCGUAGACCACCUCCUCGUGGAGCAAAAUUGGCCCCUGAGGGUCCUCCCCAGCCCAAAGGGCCUCUGGAGCGUGUUUACCAGGAGAUAGCCAUCCUUAAGAAACUCGAUCAUCCUAAUGUCGUCAAGCUUGUGGAGGUUCUGGACGAUCCAAGCGAGGACCAUCUGUACAUGGUAUUCGAGCUUGUCAAGCGAGGAGCAGUGAUGGAGAUUCCUACUGAUAAGCCUCUGGAUGAGGAUCAAGCACGCUUCUACUUCCAGGAUUUGCUAAGAGGAAUCGAAUAUUUACAUUAUCAGAAAAUAAUUCAUCGAGACAUCAAGCCUUCCAAUCUCCUCGUGGGUGAAGAUGGCCACAUUAAGAUCGCUGACUUUGGGGUCAGUAACCAGUUUGAAGGGGCGGAUGCCCUCUUGACCAGCACAGUUGGGACGCCGGCGUUUCUCGCCCCUGAAACACUUUCGGAGACCCGCAAGAACUUCUCUGGAAAGGCUCUGGAUGUAUGGGCGAUGGGAGUCACCUUGUACUGUUUUGUUUUUGGAGUGUGUCCAUUUAUGGAUGAGCGUAUUUUAAGCCUACAUCAGAAGAUCAAGACUCAGCCGGUUGAACUUCCAGAAAAUGCGGACAUAUCAGAUGACUUAAAGGAACUUCUGCUCAAAAUGUUGGACAAGAACCCUGAAACCAGGAUCACUGUUCCACAAAUCAAGGUGCACCCGUGGGUGACGCGGCACGGGGCCGAGCCACUCCCUCCGGAGGAUGACAACUGCUGCAGCUUGAUAGAAGUGACGGAGGAGGAGGUGGAGAAUUCUGUAAAGCACAUCCCCAGCCUGGCCACCGUGAUCUUGGUUAGGACCAUGCUCCGCAAACGUUCUUUUGGGAACCCGUUUGAUUGGGGCCGGAGGGAAGACAGGAGUCCCGCUGCACCAGGACUCAUGCUAUUAAAAGGGAGAACAGGGAGUUUGAAAUACUUCCACAAUCACUGUACCCAAAGGAAACAAGAGAGCGAAGAAGGCAUGAGGAGCAUGGACCUGCCCUUCGUAGGCGAAGAAGAAGUUCUUUCCUGAUACUUGUGGGUGUUUCGCUCGCAACGCAGCGAGGGGCUGGCGGUCACCGCUGGGGAAAUGCUAAAGGAUGGGGGCGUUAUGGCUUCCGGAAGGCCGGGAUUUGAACUCUGGACACAAAGACGAUGCUCCGCUUUCCCCUGAGUUGUUGAUAUGGAGGGUGCCCACCCACUACAUGCAUGCUUUGUACAGUUUUCAGCAGCAUGCACUGUAUUUGUCCGCCCAGGACCUGUUUUCUCUAUGUGUGAGUGUGUUUAUACUCUCCUGUAUGGAGACUCUGCUUUACUCCUCUACUUCAGCUAGGGGGCGCCACUGCAAGAAGAAUUAAAAAGCUGUACAGUUUCUAAUCACUUAUUACAGACAUGUGUUUACAGACACUUUCAGGUUUACUUAAAAAAAAUUAAAAUAAUCAAAGGGAACGUUCAUCAGCAAUGAAUUUGUUAAUUUCUUAAACGUUCAAAAGAUUUAAUGUAUAGCAAAUCCUUUAAUAUCAGUAAGGGGAUCCUUUAGGAUGAAAUUUAAGGGGAAAUACAGAUUUAUGUGAGAGAGCUUUUUAUUUGCAUUAUACAGUAAUGUUGGCGCUGAAGGUAGUGGACAGGCCCAAUCCUUGAAACUAUCUGUUUUUUUUUUUUUAAUACAGCAAAGCCCAAAUCUAAGAGAUAAGGGAAUUACGGUCGUAGCACGUUUUCAUGUUUUUAACUACUUAAGGCAAAAAUAACCUUUAGAAAAUGGGCAUUGCGUCAGUUUUUCUUGUAUAUAACAUAAACUUUUUAUUCAUGAAGGUAAUCUCACAUGCCCUUCAUGUGUAGAUUCAUAAAAAAUGCCAUAUAGUGGUGCACUUCAAACUUUGUCAUGAUAAACAAGAGUGGAUUAGUUGUCGACGUCUCUACAUUCGCUAAGGUUCUUAAGGAAUUACAAUAAUUUUGUGCAAUCUAUGCAUGACUUUAAUCUUAAGGAAUCAAUGUUUGUCAUUGAGGUCUGUUUUGACAGAAAUGUAUGCCUUACAUUUUCAUACUCAUAACUGUAGCAUAAGUCAUCGGUACAUGUGUAGAGUACAUUUUUGGUACGAUAGAUUUGUAGAUAAAGUAGAAUCUGAGAUGAAAUUAGAUGAAAUAAAUAUCUUAUUUUGAGCUCGGUUAGCAAAAAUAGUCCAAAGCCCUCUUGAGAUUUUCUCAGUGUGCACUAUGGUCAUGUAUCUGUUGUGUUUUUUUAAUCUACGAUUGUUGGUUUGCUCUAUAUGCCUGUGGGUCCAAAAUGUCUAAGUGAUGGUGCUUCUCCACCGCUGGACUCGGGCUUAUACGAAAUCGAAAACGUAAUUCAUGCUUCCAUGUAUCAGGGGAGUUUCUGCACAAAUAGAUUGAAUGUAUGUUGUUGUUUUACUGUGCAACUGCAGUCGACUCUUUACUUCCCACUGUUUUCUUUUUUGCAUGUAAUAAUCUGCUGUAUUUUAAGGUUUAUUUGUUUACUACUUUUGAUUUGAUAUAUUUUUUGUAGAUACUAUCACUAUGCAUAACAAAUCUAAUGUGGUGCAGUUCUGGACUGUCAGUCGGUUGGUCUCGUGUUUGUUUAUAUUGAAUGUCGAAUAGUUAACAUCAAGGGAAACCUGUAUUAUUGACUUAAAUAUGCAUGUGCACUGACGAAAAGCGGAUGGUUACCAGUAUAUAUAUACGUUAACAUGUUUAUGACCUUUAAAUAAUAUAUUCAGGACCUGAAAAGCACCAUUCCCCUUUAUAACUAAAUAAAUAUUUAUUGAAGAUAUAAGAAGUAAAAUAUAUAUAAUAUAUAUGUAGAUUUAUCUUUGCACAUUAUGUAUGAUGCAUGUUUAUUGAAAUCUUUAAAUGAAGGAUGAGGCCUCCAUAUCAAUUUUUUUUUCGUUUCAAACGAAAAGUUCAGCAAGUAAACAUUUUUUUUUCUGUUUUCACACUUCUUUAAAGACUGACCUUGCACAUGCUAUGUUGAAUAGAUAGACUGUAGAGGUUUUAAUUGAAUGCUGUACUGUAUAUUUAUAACCUCUAUUUAUCUUUCUUCACUGUAUCUGCCCAGUUUUUCCUCUAAGGGCUAGAUAAAUGUUUGCACCCAUAUCACAGAAUCGACUGCGUUUUUAGAGGGCUGUUUACAGGGAUGUUACAUUAUUGCAUGCCAUCACUAUUACUCACAAUUUCAUACAGCAUGUUUGUUUUUAAGCAUGUUUGAAAUCUUUUCAGCACCUGCUGAUCUCCCAGCUGAGCAUUCUAUAUAUUGUAUCCAGUUAAUUAUUUGAAUAAAUUAAAGUUUCCUUCACUUA